AUGCGGUUACCGAGCGUCAUACGUCUUCCUUCCUUUGGCCAUAGCAAGAGAAAGCCAAAAGACGAGCGUACCAGGAAUGUCCCACCCGAGACCACUUCCGAGACGUCGCCAAAUGGUGACGAUACUGUGAAUAUCAAUGAUAACGCUACCCCUGAGAAAACUGAACGGCAAGGGGAAAAAACCCCAGAGAAAGACCUAGAGAUAAACCCACAAGCCUUUUUCGAGAAUGAGACUUGGAAGAAAACGCCACUGAAAUUAGAAUUCAGUGAUACAGUAUCGAUAGAAACAAAGAACUGGCUUGGUGAUAUCGAGAUUUCUACCGAUAGUCGUAUUGAGGGCGUUUCCGCCUACGAGUCUCCGAGUCCUACCUUCCGUCCUCUACACAGUUCCGUUUUUGACCGGUUAGACCGUCUGGAAAGAGCGGCAACCGUUCAUAUUCCGCAGACUCUAUCUUCUUCUCAGUCACUCGAGUCUUUUACGCCUCAAGAUGAGCCUGUAAUUCGCAUCAAGCCUCGACAUGGGGGAGGACGUUAUAAUAGUUUUGAUAGUCCUCAUUAUGACACCCAGAGCGAAGGUGAAAUGAAUGAGACUGAGAGAAAAAGACGGCGAAGGAGGACAUACCAUGUGAUGAAUCUCAAUGCAAAUCCGUUCUUCCAUGCUGCUGGCAAAGGGGCAAAGAUGAGAGAAUUACAGAUUAUGCAGGAUGAGAUGGGAACAUCGUAA